CCUGGUCCCGCCCCCCGGCAGCGGCUCGGCGCAUUUCGGCUCCGUCCGGCCGCGCUCGGCUCGGCUCGGCCCGGCCCGGUUCGGCUCCGCUGCGUCCCGCCCGUCCCGGUUCGGCGCGGCCCGGCCCGGCCAUGGGCUGGCCCGUGCUGCUGACCGCGGCCGCGCUGCUGGCCGCCGCCAGCGCCGCCCGGGAGCCCUCGGCCGAAGAGGAGCAGCUGUUCAAGGCCUGGAUGCUGCAGAACGAGCGGCGGUACGGCCCCGAGGAGUACCCGCGCCGGCUGCGCAUCUUCGUGGGCAACAGGCGGCGCGUCGAGGAGCACAACGCCGGCAACCACAGCUUCCAGAUGGGCCUCAACCAGUUCUCGGAUCUGACCUUCGCGGAGUUCAAAAAGCUGUACCUGUGGAGUGAGCCGCAGAACUGCUCAGCCACCAAGGGGAACUUCCUGCGCAGCUCUGGGCCACAUCCCGACUCCAUCGACUGGAGGAAGAAGGGGAAUUUCGUGACACCCGUGAAGAACCAGGGUGCCUGCGGGAGCUGCUGGACCUUUUCCACCACGGGCUGUUUGGAGUCUGCUAUUGCCAUUGCCACGGGAAAGCUGCUCUCUCUGGCAGAGCAGCAGUUGGUUGAUUGUGCCCAGGCCUUCAACAACCACGGCUGCAGUGGGGGCCUGCCGAGCCAAGCCUUCGAGUACAUCCUGUACAACAAGGGGCUCAUGGGGGAGGACAGCUACCCCUACCGGGCCAAGAAUGGCACCUGCAAGUUCCAGCCCGAGAAGGCCAUUGCUUUUGUCAAGGACGUGAUCAAUAUCACACAGUAUGACGAGGACGGCAUGGUGGAAGCUGUGGGGAAGCACAACCCCGUGAGCUUUGCCUUUGAGGUGACGAGUGACUUCAUGCACUACAGGAAAGGAGUGUAUUCCAACCCCCGCUGCGAGCACACCCCUGACAAGGUGAACCACGCCGUGCUGGCCGUGGGCUACGGAGAGGAGGAUGGCACGCCCUACUGGAUCGUCAAGAACUCCUGGGGCCGCCUGUGGGGCAUGCAGGGGUAUUUCCUGAUCGAACGAGGCAAGAACAUGUGUGGCCUGGCUGCGUGUGCCUCCUACCCCGUUCCUCAGGUGUAGCACGGGGCUGCUCCAGGGGCUGAGUGCUGCCAGCAGAGGCACAGCCAGCGCCACGCCCGCCUGCCGGAGGUGUCACCUGCUGGAGCUGAAGCGUGGCCUGCAGGCAGCCUGGCUUGCACACAGCAGCCAGGCUCUGCUGCAGCAGCACGAGCGGAGCCUGCCCUCUCCAGCCACACCCUGUGCCCCUGCCAGGCUCCCUCCUGCUGCCCAGGUGUGCCCAGGUGUGCCUCCAUCCCUGCCGGGACACCCGCGGGGCAGGGAGCCCCCACAGGAACCCGUUUCGGGCACACAGAGCUCCCCCCGUCCCUCGGGUGGCUUUCCUGCAAGCACCAGGUGUAAAUUUCAGCGAUUUUAAAAUUAUCUUUGAAGGCAAUUCCCCCGUUCUUUAAAGGAAGGAUGAGUGACUGCUGUGAUUUGUACACUUUCACCAAUUUUGAUUAAAUGCUUGCUAUAUUUUGUAUUAAAAACCGGGGUAUUUUAAUGCA